AUGCCUACCCACGUCGAAGACGUUGGAAAGCCCCAUUCCGCUCAGGUGGUUGAGGACAAAGAUGAGGAGCAGCAAGUCACCGUCGACGCAAAGGAUGCUCUGGAUGGCGCACUCAGAGCCACAGACGAGGAGCAUAGAAUGACCCUUAUGGAGGGUCUUCGCAAGUAUCCUUCGGCCGCCUGGUGGUCAGCUUGGUUUUCGAUGACGCUUGUCAUGCAGGGAUUCGACCACGCGUUCAUUUUUGGCUUCAUUGCCUUCCCGGCAUUCGAGCAGAAGUACGGGCGCCUGAAUCCAUCCGGCCAGUACGAGAUCCCCGCGGAGCUUCAAGCAGGCAUCACGAAUGGAGUUGCUGCGGGCGAAAUCGUUGGUUUGGUUCUCAAUGCUUAUGCCACUGAAUACUUUGGGAACCGGAAGGUCAUGAUCGUUAGCCUAGUCGCGCUUAUGGGCUUCGUCUUUCUCCAGUUCUUUGCUCAGGACAUCUACAUGUACUUGGGGGCAGAAAUUCUCCUGGGCAUUCCGUGGGGCGUAUUCCAGACUCUCACUACCACUUAUGCUGCUGAGAUCUGCCCUGGUGUCCUGCGGCCCUAUUUGACAAUGUUCGUUCCCGGAUGUUGGUCUAUCGGAUAUCUCAUUGGCACGGGUGUCAUCCGAGGCUUUGUCAACGUCACUGGAGAGUGGGCAUACCGAAUCCCCUUUGCCCUUCAGUGGAUCCCCCCGAUUCCCAUUAUCAUUGCCGUAUAUUUUGCGCCCGAAUCUCCCUGGUGGUUGGUGCGAAAGGGCCGCAUCCAAGAAGCCACUAAGAUGGUUCGUCGACUGCGCGCAAAGGACGCCACAGAGGACGACAUUAGCGAUACGAUCGCCAUGAUGCAGCACACCACCGAAACUGAGCAGCAGGUAGAGAAACGCUCAUUCUGGGAGCUUUUCAAGGGUGUGAACCUACGACGAACAGAGAUUGCCUUCUGGGUCUAUACCACUCAGCAGCUCUGCGCCAUGCUUCUAUCCUACAUUGUUUACUUUCUCCAACAGGCAGGCUUGCCCACAUCAACUUCUUUCGAAUUUGCAAUGGGCCAAUACGCGAUGGGUACAGUUGGAACCGUUGUUGCAUGGUUCCUGGUUCCUCGAUGGGGGCGUCGUACCUUCCUCUUGACCGGUAUCAGUUUCAUGUCCGCGACCACACUCGUGAUUGGAUUCAUUGGGCUUGGAGACACAAACCACCACCCGGCCCUCGCUAAUGCUGUGGGAUCGAUCCUCAUGAUUCAAUAUUUUGUCUUCUUUGCCACCCUUGCUCCAAUCACUUAUACCAUUGUCACCGAGAUCCCCUCUACGUACCUUCGGACAAAGACGGUGGCCCUUGGGCGGGUAGGCUACAACGCCGUCACUUUCGUUUAUGGUCAACUUUUACCGCGCAUGAUUCAAAAGACGUCCUGGAAUUGGGGUGCUCGGUGUGGUUUGUUCUUCGGUGGCAUCAUGGCUCUUUGCUUUGUCUGGGCCUUCUUUCGCGUGCCAGAGACAAAAGGCCGAACUUUCGCGGAAAUUAACAUUCUUUUCCACAACAAAGUCAAGGCCCGCAAGUUCUCCAAGACUCAAGUCAAUAUCGCUUCGGGUAGCGUGAUUUAA